CUGCUCCCAGGACACAGCGACAGGACAAGACACAGCCUUAAGCUGUACCAGGGGAAGUUUAGGCUGGACAUUAGGAAGAAGUUCUUCACAAAGGGUGACUGGGCAUUGGAAUGGGCUGCCCAGGGAGGUGGUGGAGUCCCUGUCCCUGGAGGUGUUUGAUGAGAGCCUGGAUGUGACUCUCAGUGCCAUGGUCCGGUUGACAAGGUGGUGUUGGGUCACAGGCUGGGCUCGAUGACCUCAAAGGUCCUUUCCAACCUAAUGGAUUCUGUGAUUGUCUCUCUGAGAAACAUUAUUCAGUUGCAGGUAAUUGGUAGUGCUCUGGUUUCCUGUGCCUUCCUGCCUAUUCAUUUGUGUUGGGUCUGCACAACUGCAUUAUAAAUGUGGAAAUGUGCUUGAAACCUGAUGAGCUUCCAACACAAAGUAAAACCUAGAGUGCUUUUAGAUCUCAAACACCAGAACGGUAGGGCUUUCUGUGAAGCUCUGGUUCAGGUUUGCAUGUAAUAGUGAAAUUAAAACUUGGCACUUCUUUCAGGCUCAUUUAGAAAAAUUGUCCCUAGGUAAUGUAACCAUUAAAGGACCAAAUUAUCCUUCAGUGCUUGCAUUCUUCAAAAAAAGGCAAAUAUUUUAGAAUCCUGUAGCAGUCAAGAGGUACCAGUGAAGUCAGCUGGCCUAGAAGUUAUUUCAUGUGUCCUUGGUAUGAAAAUGCAUUGAAGUUUCACAACAAAAAGGCAAACAUAACUUACUGUGACCUGUUUUCUAGCCUUGGGACAAGAUUAAAUUUGAACUGGUGACAGGUAUCAGAGUAUUUGCUUAAGCAAACAGAGUAAAAGUUACCUUAAGUCUUUUGGAAUGUUCAGUCACCCAUUUCUGCAUGAUUUGCAUGAUAAAAUCUCAAAGAAUGGAAUAGAAACACUUUUCAUAUGUAAAGUAACAAUCAUCAAGUUCUUCCAGAAUGUUCUAUCUUCAUACUGAAAUGUUCUUUUCCGUAAGUUAGGUGGAGUAAAAAGGCAAAUUUAUAAUCUUAAAGGCAGUUUUCUGAUGGUAUCCCAAACAGAUUAAGCUACAAUUGCAUUUCCUUAAUCCAAACAUUUUGAAAGUAAAAUUCCUUUUACUUGGAGUUCUGUCACUAUUGAUGUCCCAAGAUUUUGUUUACUAGCAGAGAAGUUCUAGUCAGAAGCCAUAAGUAACUUUUUUUUUUUUGGUCUCUUGUCUCUCCUUGCAAAGCCUCUCAAUUUCUUAAUGACACUUAAACUUAUUCCUGUUUUUUAAUAUAGUUUUCCAAGAUGCAGAUUUAGAGUUAUUUUAGUUAUUUCUUGGCUAUUGUCUCCAAAUACUUGAGAGAGGUCUUAGUCCUGGACUGUCCUGUUUGUACUUCUAAAGAUUAGUUUUUCUCUCUGACCUAUGAAACUUCCUUAUUUUUCAAUGACUUGCAGAAAAUAAGCAUUGGCAAUGAGAUCUUCAGACAUCUCGUAGGGCUCCAGGAUGCUGAUUCAAUAAUACCUCACUUUCAGUAUUAUUUAAAUAUCACUGACUUUGUUUUAAGCUAUGAUAUAUGAUAUGAUAUAUGAUACGACAUGCACCAUCUUGCAUUCCAGAAAAGAAAUAAUUAUGAGAGAUACCUACCUUUUCUGUAUUACUGUUGACAGAUUUUACCCUGUGAAUGUCAUAAUGGACAAUCUGAUUAUUACAGGUGUUUUCAUAGAUUGAUGCAUUUGUUUUUAUACUAAUGUACACUUCUGAUUGUCUUUGUCUGCUGAAAGGUAGGGGGUUGUUUUGGUUUGAGUUUCUUUUCCAGUUCCUCAUUGCCUCUUACUUCUGUUAUCUGUUUCCCAAGCUGCUUACGCAUAGUUGCUGCUAUUUUUAGCUUCUUUCUCGCUUUCAUUAAUCUUGAAUUUCCAAGAUUGUCAUUAUGACAUUUGGGAAAAAUGUUUUCUAAUUAAAUUCUUUUGAACUGCCCUGAUUUAUGGGAUCUGUCUAAGAAAAGACAUAUUCUAGAUAUAAUUUGUCAUUGCUAGAGAUGCACCUUUUCCUGACACAGAUAUAGUCAGCAGCUCAAGGUUUGGCUACAAACCUACCUAGUUUCUUGUUUUUCAGGUCAAAGUAACAUCCAGUCAGGCUUUGCAUGGCAUGAGGCAGAAACAGGAUUUUCUAGCAUGAGAAUGAAGGCAAAUCCCAGAGCAACUCCAGGUUGGAAACAUCAUGUUGCAAGUUGGACUCUAGUCAGAGUAAUUUUGUUACUGCUGAUGGGGAAAGAAUAGAAAACAAUGGGCUGCCGAACAGGGAAAUGGCCGUUAACUAAAAAGUGGAUGCAAGAGGCAAGGAAGGAUGUCUGGCUUUGGAGCAAUCCAGGAAUAUUAUGGUACCUGUCUGUAUCUGUUCACACUGAGUGGCUGUCAUGCAUCCCAACAUCUCUGCCUCCCUAAGGCAGCAAGUGGAGAAGUGACUGUUGUGGAUAUUAUGCAUGAGACCCAGGUGCAGACACACAGCAUCCCGCUGUGGCCACAGCCAUAUGGAUCAGCACUGAGAAAUGGCAUGUGGCAACGCUGAGUUGAUGGAGACCCAGGAGCUCCAUAUCCGGGCAGGCAAAAGGAAAAGCUGAGCACAGACAGGUAUCUCCUCAUUUUUAACAAAUUCUCAUUGUGAGGAAAUUACUUUGUCCUGGAGGCUGAUAAAGGUGCUCUGCAAAGUAAGUACUCUGCUUGUGAGAGACAUGGGUCUGAAGUUAUUUUCAGUAAUUUGCAGAAACAGUGUCAAGGGGAACUCUGGUGCAGACAUCUUCAUGAAGUCUCCAUAUGCUUCUCUUUCUGCUGGUCCCUGCAUGGGACUUUGUGGCUAAUGAGCUGUCCCAGCAAGAUGCAGCUUGCUGUUGGUGCUGUGUGAGGUGAGGGUUGUCAAGAUGUGCAGCUGGGGUUAUGAAUUGCCUGUUCUUCUCUCUUGCAUUAUAUACAUCUUGGUCUGAGGAGAAGCAGUCUCGAGGAAACCCUUGAUACAAUGUUAGCAAUAUUUCAAUAGAUGUCUUAUCACUCUCAUCCUUCCUUAUCCUCCUCAGGCCCCAAAUGCACUCAAGUUACUCCAGCUGCAGUCUUCUGUGAGGUGCUUGGCAGACAGUUUUGUAUUGUGCAGUGUCUCUGGAUCCUUCCAUGGAGCUGGGGAUUGGUCUGUGUAGGCAUCAUCCACCAUGCUUAACAGUGCUUGAGUCACCGUGAGGGUAAACAUGGGCUUAUGGAGUUCUACUUUUGGUAAUAGCUGGAGAUGCACAAUAAACUGUGGCUUUGUGUAGACUAAGGGCUGCGGGAAGAAAGACCAGUGUGUGAAAUGUGCCGGAGAAAGAAGCAGAAAACAUGAGAUUUAGGGGAGUUCUGUACAGCCAAAGAAUAGAAGAGCUGGGAGUUUUUUUCCCAGGGGAACUGUAACCAAAAAAAGUAAGAAACUUAUUUUACUCACUAGUGUGCAGUUGUGAGGGUUUUCUGAAGAGGGGUGGGGUGAUGCGGAGCCAUUCUAGUGCAGCAGCAGCUUUGGUCUGUGGGCAAGGAGGCAUAAAGAAAAGGUCAGACUUCACUCAUGAGCUGUUUCCAUUUCUGGCAAAAAGAGUCAAGAAAUCACAUGUGGUUCGUUUAUGCAGCAGAUCUGUUGGCAUCUAUCUGAUGUGCUAUUUUGGAAACCAUUUGGCUGUUUUACCCACCACACUGUGUAUGCUUUGGCUACAGAAGUGAUCCUGAUGAGAUCCAAGGAGCCUAUUCAGCACUUGAGUACCAUUUAGCAAUGAAAGAGGAGUAGCAGUUCUGAAGGUGGCUUGUGGGGUAUGUAUCAUCUUCUCAUGAUUCAGUUCCUAAGGAUCAGACCCUGUCCUUGCAGUGGAGAUAUCUCUGCUGAAUUCAGGAAUGGAAAUAGGAAUAAAACUGAACUCGGUCAUUGAGAAAAAGGUUUUGCCUUAAGCCUUGGCCUCAGCACAGGCGGCAGGAGUGAUAGGAUCAGUAGCAAAAGGAUUUUUUACCAAAGUGAUUCCAUGUUGCAGCAGGGGUCUGGAAUCUGCUGCCAAGCCAUGGCUUUGCAUCACUGUAAACGCAGACUGAGAUUGGGAUUUAUUUUUUCAGCUUGAGUGAGUUUAACUUAAGUGAAUUCUACAUAAAUGUAAACCCUUUGCUGACCCAUUGUGAACUUCUGGGAAGCGUGACAUAUGACUGUUAAUUGCUUUAAGUAUUUCAGUCUUCAUCCCAUGUGGUGGUAGGCAGUACCUCAGUAACCUAGACAGUAUCUCUGGUGUCUCAUUUGUGCAAAGAUGCAGAGAUGUGCCCAUGAAACACAAAUGCCUUCCAUCGAGAGAUGGAAAGAAGAAGUUGUAAUUAACACAAAGGCCACACUUCAUAUGUGAAAUGUUGAGAAAUGACUUGAACUUAGGUAAAAGAAAUAAAGCAAAGUUUUUCUUAAUCGACCGUUUUGUUCUGAGCUAUUUGUCUUCCAGACCCCUACCCAUGAUGAUUCCACCAUCUGCACCAAGCCCUGUCAGUGAUGCUGCACUCUUGUCAGGUGUGGCUUCUCAGGAAGUCUGGAGAUCACCAGUUCCAGGCUAUUCUGGACUGGCCACACGGCACAUAAGUCACCGGGCCAACAACUUCAAGAGACACCCAAAAAGGAGGAAACACAUCCGCCCUUCACCACCACCACCACCAAAUACUCCAUGUCCUAUUGACCUGGUUGACUUUGGGGAUCUCCAGCCUCAGAGGUCUUUCUUGGAACUCCUGUUCAAUGGGUGCAUUCUCUUUGGGCUUGAAUUCAGCUAUGCCAUGGAAACAGCCUAUGUUACCCCUGUGCUGCUCCAGAUGGGGCUUCCAGACCAACUGUAUGGAAUGGUGUGGUUCAUCAGCCCUAUAUUAGGGUUUUUGCUACAGCCUUUGCUGGGAGCCUGGAGUGACAGGUGCACGUCAAGAUUUGGGAGGAGAAGACCUUUCAUUCUGGUCUUAGCAGUAGGAGCAUUGCUUGGGCUCUCACUUAUGCUGAACGGCAAAGAUAUAGGGAGUGCCUGGUCUGACACUGAGAAUAACCACAAAUGGGGGAUCAUCCUUACAGUCUGUGGGGUUGUCCUCAUGGACUUCAGUGCAGAUUCAGCAGACAAUCCCAGUCAUGCCUACAUGAUGGAUGUGUGCAGCCCAGUGGAUCAAGACAGGGGCCUCAACAUCCACGCUUUGUUAGCAGGUCUUGGAGGUGGCUUUGGUUAUGUUGUUGGAGGAAUACACUGGGAUAAAACCAGUUUUGGAAAAGCUGUAGGAGGGCAACUUCGUGUCAUCUAUGUCUUCACCUCAGUUGUACUGACUAUUGCUACUGUGCUGACUCUAGUUAGCAUUCCAGAGAGACCCUUAAAGUCCUCUAACAGGAAGAAAAAGGUGAUGAAAAGUCCAAGUCUUCCUCUCCCUCCUUCUCCACCUUUCUUCUUUGAGGACAGUGUAAAUGAAAACUCUGCUUCUCAUAACUCAGCUCACUUACAGGCAAGUUUUACAAGUCCUGUUUCCCCCAUGAGCCCACUCACGCCAAAAUAUGGGAGUUUUAUCAGCAGAGACAAUUCUUUGACGGGAAUUAAUGAGUUUGCAUCAUCCUUUGGGACUUCAAAUAUUGACAGUGUGCUUAUAGACUGUUUUACAGGCGGGCAUAAUAGUUACAUGGCACUUCCAGCUAGUUUGUCCAGGCAGCCUGUCAGUGUCAGCUUUCCUCGGGUGCCUGAUGGCUGUUUCCAUGGAGCAAAUGGAAUUCUGGAGCAAGGGGAGAGCAGCUUAACAUCAGGGCCUGACAGUGAUGUGCUGAGAGUGGGUUCACUGGAUGCAAUAAAGCCACGGUCAUCGGGGAUCUUGAAAAGACCUCAGACCUUGGCCAUUCCAGAUGCUGUAACAGGACACUGCCCAGAGAAUAACAGAAGAAGAAAUGUAACCUUCAGCCAACAGGUUGCCAAUAUCCUGCUGAAUGGCGUGAAGUACGAGAGCGAGCUGAAUGAAUCAGGAGAGACCUCAGAGCAGCCCCUCUCCGUGAAGCUGCUUUGCUCAACCAUCUGCCACAUGCCCAAGGCUCUCCGUAACCUCUGCAUCAACCACUUCCUAGGGUGGCUCUCAUUUGAGGGGAUGUUGCUCUUCUAUACUGACUUCAUGGGAGAAGUAGUGUUCCAAGGGAACCCAAAAGCACCUCACAACUCAGAUGAGUAUCAGAAGUACAACACUGGGGUCACCAUGGGCUGCUGGGGAAUGUGCAUCUAUGCAUUCAGUGCUGCUUUCUAUUCAGCUGUGCUGGAGAAGCUGGAGGAGCGGUUUAGCACACGGACACUGUACUUUGUGGCAUACUUGGCCUUUGGGCUGGGCACGGGCCUGGCCACGCUCUCCAGGAAUGUCUACGUGCUGCUGUCCCUGUGCGCUACCUACGGCAUUCUGUUCGCCACGCUCUGCACGCUGCCCUACUCCCUGCUCUGCGACUACUACCAGAGCCGAGAGUUCGUAGGCUCGCAGGCGGAGGGCACGCGGCGUGGGAUGGGCGUUGACAUCUCCUUGCUGAGCUGCCAGUACUUCCUGGCGCAGAUCCUCGUGGCCCUGGCCAUGGGGCCGCUGACGGCGGCUGUGGGCAGCGCCAGCAGUGCCAUGUACUUCUCCAGCCUGGUGUCCUUCCUGGGCUGCCUCUUCUCCUCUCUCUGCGUCACCUACGAGCUGCUGCCCACCGAGGAGCUGCCACCCACCGAGGAGCGGCGUCCGCUCCUGCCCCGUGCGCGGAACGAAUAAAUGGGAGAAGCUGCCACAGCCUCUGCUGCCUCAUUGCGUCACCUUUGGCCUCCCUAUCGUGACAAGAUGGGCUGUGCGCCUCUGGGCCGGCAGCAGUGGGCUUGGCAAAUGGAAAGAAAGGUCUGCGCUGGCUUUGGUGAGCUUUCCCCCGCCUGGUGGGAAGGUGAGGGGUGAGUCAGCGGCGCCUGGCACUGCUCGUCCUUCCCCUGGGGUGGCAGAGGCCCUGGGGCCACAGCAGCAGGAAGUGGUGGGGCCGUUCCUCCAGCUGCCUCGUGGUGCUGUCAUCCCGGGGAUGACUGGUAUUGUCCAGCAUGAGGCAGGAGACCUGAAAGUCUGGUGCCUGGGCAGGACAGCCUCACUCUCUCGAGUGGCAGUGAGCUGCUAGGCUGCACACUGCUGCAGAGACUGCCACCGUGGGAGUGGUGACCUGCCAGUUUGGGGGGCAGAAGGUGCCACCUCCUGGCCAGGCAGAGCAGCCUUGGUCGCCUGUGAGGCCUUUGGGAGCUGCUGGUCCAACCUACAGCCUCUGCCCGUGGGAGGCCUGGCUCUGGAGGGUGCUUUUCAAAACUUUGGAAAAGCUGAGAGCAACUGGUCCUGCUUGGGUGGUGUAAGUCCUCUGCCAAGUGCUGUGGGCUUCUGGGUGCUCAGAGCUCCCACCAGCAGAACUGCUACAAGACACCACAGUGGGCUGAAAGCGCUGUGGCCUGGCUCCCACACCCCACUCUGGAGGUCCUGGCUGUGGUCCUUGGUGAUGUUUGCCAAUACAUCCAUAUUUCGUUCCUCGUUAGAUUUUAAUUAAGACUACAGGUGUUUGUGAUGACUUAGGAGGAGGAUUUGUCCAGAAUCCAAUUUAGCAGUUGUCCAUAACACAGCUUUGCAGAGAAAGGUCUUUUCCCAUCAACCUCCCUUGGGCAGAAGGUUACUCUGAAGAAGUUUACUCUUAAGAAAAAUCAUUUGUAUGGAAGCCUGCAUCACAUCAUUCUUGUUUAUACAAUUUUACCAUGGGACAUUCUGAAGUCUGUAUGGGGAUCAGUGACUUAAGUGCUUGUCAGUUAGAGCUGCAUCUUCCACAUCUCAGUUAAAACAGUAAAAGGGCUUUGGGUUUCAUUAUCUGUGAGAUUUAUUAAUUAAUCUGAUUUUAGAAGGUGGUGUGUGAGAAUUUGUACAAGUUCUAGUUAAGGCCAGGAGUUAAUUUUAAGUCAUAAAUAAAACCAUUUCUAAAGUUCCUGUCAGUCUGCCUCUGUAUUUGGGUAGGCAGCCAAUGUUUACCAAGGCUGAGGGGCAUUUUGGUGUUCACAUGUGCUGCACAUGGCAUCCCUGAAGAGAUUAUAUUUGCUCACCUGGUCCCUAGGUCCGGAAGAAGGGUUUUCUCUAGAGAGUCACUCCUUUAAAUGGGUUGUACUUCACUGCUCCCCUAAGUUUAUUCUGAUCUAUGAUGCCAAGGUGAAAUAAUAUGUGUAAUCUUUAGUUGUUGUGGCUUACUGUAAUCCAGUGCUGAAAGCAUAAUACAUGACUUGUAAGAACCUCUCAUUUUUAUCAUCUGCUCCCAAGUGUUACUUUUUAAAAAAUUUAUUUUAGAAGCAAGUUUCAUGUUACUCAGUAGUGACUUAAACAGAGGAAUACUACUGAAGUUAUGAAGUCAAGCACUCAGAGAUAGGGGACUGUCAGCUAUCAGAUUGAUGAGUACAUUCAUUUUCAUUUCUUUGUUUGGGCUUACAUAGUGUCAUAUCUGCAAAUCUGUGCCAUUUCUUCGAUUAUGGGACAGUUCAGGACAAAGCUGGGACAAAAUAGCAUGAGAAACUACAUUUGGCACUUCUGAUUUCUGACAAUCUAAAGGCUUGACUUUGGAGAAUUUUUCUUUUCUUGUUAGCCUGCUUUGUAAUUUUAAUUUCUCUUCCUUAUCUUCUCAAACUUUUAAAAAUUAUUUUAUUUUUUGUUUGGUCCCUCUAGCUAAUGUGGUAUUAGUUCUUAAAUUUUUUUCUCCUCUUUUGUAGCCAGCAUUAUUGCACUAAAUGGAUUGUGAGCACUUUACUUUUCCACGUAGCUGGAGUUGCAGAUCAUUUGGUUGCAAGUGAAAAUCUUCAAAAGAUUCAUAAAAUCAAUGUAUUUGAUGAUAAUGUUUGUCUCCAUUUCCAUCUGUAAAUAAUAUGAACUACAUUUAUAUAGUUAUAAAACUAUUGCUAUGCCUGUAUGCAUUGCCCAAUAGACUCUAUAUUACAUUUUCUAUUUUAUGGGAUAUGGACUUUAUUUUGCAUAUGUAUUUAUGUAGUGGUACAUACAUAGUACUUUAAAGUCAACAUCAGUCUGUGUUAAUUUGGGGUUUUGAGCAAUACUAGUGGUGUCUGGAAGAAAAACAGAGCCUGUCACCAUCAUGCAGAGCUGGAAG